AACACAAAAAAAUAACCGCUUCUCUCUCUCUCUCUAGAGCAAUGGCGGACGUACUGAUCCUUUUCUCAGUUCUCCUACUCGCCGCCGGAACACUCCCGGAACCACCAGAACUUCCGCCAACUUCGCCGGAGUCAUUAUCAACCACGAUUAGCUGUGCAGACGAACUGGUGGCGUUCUCUCCAUGCCUACCGUACAUUUCCGAUCCACCGAACAAUAUCUCUGAUUCGCCUCCGUUUCAGUGUUGCGAUAACUUCUCGGCGGCAUUUGUUGAUAAUACUGCGAUUUGCCUUUGCUACCUCGUUCGCAACCCUCAGCUCCUCGGAUUUCCUAUCAGUUCUAUGAAGCUGUUGUCUCUAAAUUCUGUGUGUCCCGUGGAGGAUAAAGAAGGCGCGGAGAAUCUAUCUCUCGAGUCUCUCUGUUCAGGUUCAACUACGCUGCCUCCUUUUAGAUCAAUAAUAACAGCAGAUCACAGGGGUUCAAGUCCAAGACCAGUGCGUCGUCCUACACCCCCUAGCUCUCCUAGACCACCAAGCAGUCCAGAUCCAGGUGAUCAUGAUAACCCUUCACCACAAGCUCCACCAGUAUCUGUCAGUUUACCACCUCCAUCCUCCGAUGUUGGUGAUAAUCCUAGCCCCGAUGCUCAAGCCACAACAGAAUGUUCAUCAGCCAUAGGACUAAUGUGCAAUUACCGUCUAUGGAUUAUAUCUGCAAUGUCGAUUCUCCUGUAUCUCUCUUGCAAGCACCAACUUAGUUAAUACUGUCUCUUUCAUGGCGUCAUAAACUGACAGUUUGAUUGGAAGAUAUUAAGUCAGAUCAGAAUUCUGUGGAUAGAUGUAAAACUACUGGCACAAAAUUCUUUGUUAAAUUCUUCUUGUUGACAUGUACUGCUUUAUCGGUAUCUGAUGUACACAUAAUCUUCUUAGCAUAUGAAUGAAAAGCGAUGCAAGAUCCAACAUGA